AUGAAGAUGAAAGGCUUCUACGUGGCAAAUAUUAUGUUGUUCUGGUUGAUUAUGGGGCAACUCUGGACUAUUAAAGCGACAAUCUGUGAAUAUUGUGGCAAAGAUUUUAAAUCUUUGGGGAGACACAUUUGGCGAUGCAAAUCUCGCGUUGGUCAUCCGUCUCAUGCUGGAAAUGAAAGGCAAAGUAAUAACGAACGUUCGUCGAAUACAGAAAGGACUGACCACCAAGUCAAUAUCAAUGCUGACGGUGAGCUGGUGGGUGAGUGUGCUAAGUUUAGAUGCUAUUGUGGCCGUAUGUUUUUAAGCUAUCGCUCGUUGACUUUGCAUCGUCGAUCAUGCUAUAUAGGGAAUAGUAGCGGCAACCUUUCGGACUUAUUUGUUGAAGUGAACAACCCUAAUUUGAACGUAGCGGGGGAAGUUUUGUCCGAAAUGCCUAGUGCUAUUUUUUCAAGUCAAAAACCAUCGCUGUUAGUGGGAGUUAAACUCCCACGGUCGAAAUCUGAAUGGGACAGGGCAAACGAAUAUUUUCGUAUGCAGAUAGACACUUCUAGGGAACUAAGAAAUUUGAAUAUGGAAAUCGAUCAUUUGAAUGGAACUAUGUGGGCGUAUUUUAGUGCCAAUUAUGGCCAAGUUAAAGCUAGGAACUAUUUCAAUCACUAUAAUAAUAUGUCAAAAUCAAAGUUAAAGAAAUGCCUCAGAAUCCUUAAACUUCAAAACGGCAAACUGGAAGAAAUAAAAUAUGUCAGUAGACUGUUGCGGAAGAAAUUGCGCUCACAUUUUCAGCGUAAUUAUGAAGAAGAAUUAAGUAAAGAUCUUUGGAAAUUUUGUAAAAAAGAGUUUGAAGAAUCAGAGACACAAGAACCAAAUUUUGACGAAUCGUCCUGCUAUGAUUAUUUUAGAAAUAUUUUCUUCGAAAAGCAUAAAAACCGAACAUUCAACCUUCCCUCUUGGCUUAAACCAUUUCCAGUGCCAUCGAGCAAUUUCGACCUGGAAUGUCCAACUUACCAAGAAAUAACGAAAAUAAUUCGGAAAAUGAAAAGUAGUGGUUCUCCUUGCCCUAUUGACCAAAUAAGUAUUAUUCCUUUUAAACGGUGCCCCAUCCUGAGAACACAGCUUUGGAGACUCCUCUCGAAAUGCUGGACCGAAAAAUAUAUACCGACUAUCUGGAAACGUGCUGUUGCGGUACUCAUUUACAAAAAGGAUUCACCUGACAAUCCUGCUAAUUUUCGCCCAAUUGUUUUAGAGCCAGUCAUGUUGAAAGUUUUCACCUCUGCGAUAAGGAACAAAAUUUUCAAAUUCGUGCGCGAUAAUAAAUAUAUCGAAACAAACAUUCAAAAGGGUUUCUGGCCAGGCUUGUCUGGUACAGUUGAACAUACCGAACUGUUAAACUAUUUAUUAAACCACGCCCGCAACAAGCGGCGGUCUAUCAUUGUCACUCUAAUCGAUCUCAAAAACGCAUUUGGAGAAGUGCACCAUAACCUGAUAAAAUCUAUUUUAAAAAGUCACCACAUUCCUGACGAAAUCACUGGUAUGAUAGAAAACCUUUACAAUGAUUAUGGUAUCUCAAUCUUGACGAAGAAUGUUAUAACCAUACCGAUAUCUGUAGAACGGGGCGUACUGCAGGGAGACUGUUUGUCCCCCUUGCUUUUCAAUUUAUGCGUGAAUUCACUCAUUAACACGAUAAAUGAUGAAAGGAUACAGUGCCUUGGUUAUGUUAAUGAUAUAUCCUUAAACCCUCGUCAUUGGUUCCAAUUCGCGGACGAUGCUGCAAUUAUAUCUGCACAUAACGAAGACAAUCAACUACUGUGCAAUGCAUUUAGUAAAUGGUCCUCUUGGGCAGACUUAUAUAUCCGAGUAAAUAAGUGCCACACUUUUGGGAUCAAAAAGUUUGGGACAAAAGCAGUCCAGUAUAAACCCACUAUAAAAAUCUCUGGUCAACAGGUUCCCCCAAUCGAGGACGGUGAAAGUUUUAUGUAUUUAG